GAAGCCGAACUGAUCUCCAAAACAGUCAUUUCUGACCAUUGUAAAUAGACUUCAGAAUUCCUGGCUUUCUAGAAAACAACAGGCGGCGGAAGAAGAUAGGUAACAAAAACGUGUUUUACACAACAAAGGUGCAACUUCCUCCUCCUACCGGCGACAAAAGGGACCGGGUCAGCAUGCAAACCACCUACUCCUUGCAGUACAGUUUGAUUAUUAGUACGCGUACUACUCAAAUGAAAUCGAUGAAAGUUCUUUUAACCGGUUGGAUCGGUGUAUAUUAAGCACAAAGCCCAACAUAUUUGUCCUAGGCAAAACAAGAUAAGUAGGCAGGAGAAUCAAUCCACACUAUUUUUCGUAUUUUAAACGGGGGAGAAAAUUGGGUCCCCCAUGUGGAGGGGAGCCCUGCAGGUGAAACCCAGUUGGCCAUUGAUGCAUAUAGAUCGAGCUGGAGACUUUUUUCAUUGAAAUCUUGAAGCGUUCAGAAGAAUUUAUUGUAUAUGGUCCUUUUUCCAGCUGAAUUCAGCCAUGAAUUGCUCAAAAUUGGAGCUUUGAUCUGAAAUUUUAUAUACCGAUAUCGAUAUUAUCAACAUAUUUUGUUUUUAGUUGUACAGAAAUGGCCCCGGGUGCCAGGGACCUGCAGCUGACAGGCAUUUUGAGAGAUAAUGGAUUUGAUGAUUCUAUUGACUUAGAAGCGGCUCCCCUCUUGGGAUCUUCUUCUUCAGACGGGGGAUUGGAGAAGGAUAAGGGAUCGGAGAAUGGCAAGGGAUUGGAGAACUUGGAGGUAAAUGUAAUUGGCAUGACCUGUGCUGCUUGUUCUUGUUCUGUGGAGAAAGCUCUGUUGAAUUUGAAUGGGGUAAGUAGGGCUUCUGUGGCUCUGCUUCAGAAUAAGGCUGACGUUACCUUUGAUCCCUCCAAAGUCAAGGAAGAAGACAUUAAAGAGGCCAUUGAGGAUGCUGGUUUUGAAGCAGAGAUUAUCCCAAAGAUUUCUACUUUUUCUAAAGGUCAGGGAGUUGUGACAGGUCAGUUCAGAAUAAGUGGAAUGACUUGUGCAGCAUGUGUUAACUCGGUUGAGGGGAUAUUGAGAAAUUUACCAGGUGUGACACGAGCAGUUGUUGCAUUGGCCACUUCAUUGGGGGAGGUUGAAUAUGAUCCAAAUCAAAUAGAAAAGACAAUGAUAAUCACAGCGAUUGAAGAUGCUGGGUUUGAAGCGGAGCUGAUUCAUAGUGGACAACAAGAUAAACUGUCAUUUGGGAUUGCUGGUAUGUUUAAUGAACAUGAUGCCAAAUAUGUUGAAGGCAUUCUUGGAAGUAUGAAAGGAGUCAGGACUUUUGUGGUUGACUUAAUGCUUUCGAAAGCGGACGUUUUCUUUGACCCAGAAGUGGCAGGUCUGAGAUCCAUUGUAGAUACCAUUGAGAGUGAAUGUAACGGUCGCUUUAAAGUAAUACUACAUAGUCCUUACACUGCUUACUCUCCAAGUCAUACAAAUGAAUCCUCACAUAUGUUGCGGCUAUUUACUUCCAGCAUAUCUUUUAGCGUUCCUGUUGUUUUUAUUGGAGUAGUCUGCCCUCAUAUACCAUUCAUGUAUAGUCUGCUACUUCUACGUUGUGGUCCCUUUGUAAUGGGAGAUUGGUUAAAGUGGGCUUUGGUAACUCCUGUUCAGUUUGUCAUUGGCAAGCGAUUUUAUGUUGCAGCCUACAGAGCACUGAGAAAUGGUUCAGCAAAUAUGGAUGUAUUGGUUGCACUUGGCACAUCAGCUGCUUACUUUUAUUCUGUCUGUGCCCUCCUUUAUGGUGCUGUUAGUGGCUACUGGACAGCAACCUACUUUGAAACAAGUGCUAUGCUGAUCACUUUUGUUUUGUUGGGAAAGUAUUUGGAAGUCGUUGCAAAAGGGAAAACAUCAGAUGCUAUCAAGAAGCUCUUAGAACUUGCACCAACAACUGCUUUGCUGCUAAUUAGAGAUUCAGAUAGCAAGAUUGUGGGAGAAAGAGAGAUUGAUGCACAAUUGAUUCAACGAGGUGAUAUACUGAAAGUGCAUCCAGGUUCAAAGGUCCCAGCUGAUGGAACUGUCAUAUGGGGUUCCAGCCAUAUCAAUGAGAGCAUGAUUACUGGUGAGUCUACCCCUGCGUCGAAGGAGGUAGGAGACAUAGUCAUAGGAGGCACAAUGAACAUAAAUGGAGCUCUUCACAUUGAAGCUACAAGAAUAGGUUCAGAUGCUGUCUUGUCACAGAUUGUCCAUCUGGUUGAGACAGCUCAAAUGGCUAAAGCACCAAUUCAGAAGUUUGCUGAUUAUGUUGCCAGUGUCUUUGUUCCAGUUGUUGUUACGCUGGCAUUUGUGACAUGGUUGGGCUGGUAUUUAGCUGGAGCUCUUGGUACCUAUCCAGAAGAAUGGCUACCUCCCAGUACUGAUCACUUUGUUUUUGCUCUCAUGUUUUCUAUCUCUGUGCUGGUCAUUGCCUGCCCAUGUGCUUUGGGACUAGCUACUCCAACAGCUGUUAUGGUGGCAACUGGUGUUGGAGCCACUAAUGGAGUUCUUAUCAAAGGAGGUGAUGCUUUGGAACGUGCACAAAAAAUAAAAUGUGUUAUAUUUGAUAAAACAGGUACUCUCACAGAGGGUAAGCCCUCUGUUACUGCUGCUAGAGUUCUAUCUGACAUGGAGCUGGGAGAAUUUCUGAGAAUAGUUGCUUCUGCAGAGGCAAGCAGUGAGCACCCAUUGGCAAGAGCAGUGGUCAACUAUGCGUACCAUUUUCAUUUUUUUGGUGAACCACCCAAGGAUAAUGAUAUUCGAGCAUUCAAGAUAAAAAAUACUAGCUGGUUAUUAACUGUCGCAAAUUUCACAUCCCUACCUGGAAAAGGGGUGAAAUGCUCAAUAGAUGGGAAAGAAAUUCUGGUUGGCAACAGGAAGUUGAUUUUGGAGAAUGGAGUGUCAAUACCUUCAACAGCAGAGGAUUACUUACUGGGCAUGGAAAAGCUUGCACGAACAGGAAUAUUGGUGGUCAUUGAUAAGACAUUAGUAGGAAUCUUGGCUGUUUCAGAUCCACUCAAGCGAGAGGCAGCUGUUGUCAUAGAAGGCCUAAAAAAAAUGGGUAUUUGUCCUAUCAUGGUUACAGGAGAUAACUGGACAACAGCUCGAGCUGUUGCAAAAGAGUUGGGUAUAGAGGAUGUCAAGGCUGAAGUGAUGCCAGCUGGCAAAGCUGAGGCAGUUCGCUCUCUUCAGAAGGAUGGCACUGUGGUUGCCAUGGUUGGAGACGGGAUAAAUGAUUCACCUGCAUUAGCAGCUGCAGAUGUUGGGAUGGCAAUUGGAGCUGGAACAGACAUUGCAAUUGAAGCUGCAGAUUAUGUGUUAAUGAGGAAUAGUUUAGAAGAUGUUAUUACUGCAAUUGAUUUGUCCAGGAAAACUUUUGCAAGAAUCAAGCUGAAUUAUGUUUUUGCAAUGGGCUACAAUAUGAUUGCAAUUCCACUGGCAGCUGGACUAUUCUUUCCUUUUCUCAAGAUCAGGUUACCCCCAUGGGUGGCAGGGGCUGCCAUGGCUCUUUCCUCUGUUAGUGUUGUUUGCUCAUCUUUGCUAUUACGAAGGUAUAGACGACCUCGAUUGACAGAGAUUUUGGAUAUUAAAAUUCAAUAGAUUCCUCAAUGAAAAUGUACAAAUUAUCAUGACAUGUACACUAUUCAUUUGCUUUAGCCUUUAUCAAUAAAUCUCUUUGGUGAAA